GAGCACAAGAAUCUGAAUCCUCGUCUGGUCGAUGAGAUUGUAACAACAAACUGCUCCGACCUUCUCUUCUCGCUGCUCGGCCUCGCUCCCAAUCACGAAUUUCCUCCCGUUCUCUGCAGUAGUGCUCGUGCUCGGCCAGCCCAGCCCCAGACGUCGCGGGAGUUUACUCUCGUGCAAUACACCACGGUUCAGCAUUAGGUGCUGUCCUCGCAUGAGUCCGUGCGUUGUCGCCGUUUUGGGGUCCAUAAUUUGAAAUUGAUGACAGUGUCACCCUUGGUCUGCCUGCGAUUUGAUGUCCCGGAAAUUGCGUUGCGUUAGGUCACGUCACGUGCAAACAUAAUUUCGCACUUGCUGUUGAAACUCCCCGAACUGUCGAACUUCGGAACCAGGUGCUGUCCACAGAAGAGCUUUUGGCUUGGAAGGCUCAUUGCAGUGAUUUGGUGGGCUCAUUGGCCGCAAGAGGCAACGAGAGAGCACCGAGUGAAGCCCAAUUUUACGCCAGGUCGAGACGAUUAGUCGAGUCCAAGAAGAUCUCGGAUUCUUGCGCCAGGAGGAGAGAGGAGUGACAUUGUUCAGCAGGACAUGGGCUGGAAAUAGGGCUAGCAAAGAUGGCCGAAUCCCUCUAGUAGGAGGACACAGAGCAAACGAUGGUGUUACUUCAUGUGAAGCAGAAUGAGGAGCAGCAGUUUCUGUAUGAAUGCGCAGGGGCGCUUCUUGUGGAUGAGGCGAUACGUGAUGUCGUGCUCAUACACAACCUGUCGAAAAAAAUCAUGCGCUUGAAAGAACAAGGAGGCCAGCUUGUUCUGUACGGUCCAGCCAAGGAUCCUACGCGCAAUGAGGAUGAUGACAGUGACGAUGACGUCGAGAGUCCACAAUGCUCGUCCUCUGUCAAGCCGCGAGGUCCUUUCUACAAACGUGACCCCGCCAAUAAACGGACCGGAGAAGCUUGCGAUCCGGAAGUGGCAGAAAGGCUCACACAAGCUCUGGUAGAUGCAGAAGCGUGCGCCUCAAAGGUACAGGUCGUAAACAAAGUGCCUCUUACAGCGGCUGUUUUGAAGGAGAGCAUUGACCUGGUUAGGGGUGCAGUGAAGAUAUGCUAUCCCAUGGGACUGCCUCACUACGAUCCCGUUUAUGAGGAGCUUAUGGGAGCCUACAUAGAUAAGGACGCGUUAGAUCCAGACACAACGACAAUGUGGUGGGCAGGGAAGGAGUUCAUGCGGGAAAAUAAAAUAUCUGACCACGUUGGCAGGAAUGAGAAGACCAAGGUAGUUGUAAAACUCCAGGGCAAGGGACAUGGCGCUCCUGCUCGUGAGCCGCCAAUAGACUCUGAGACCCAAAAGGCUAUGAUGGCUUGGUACUACAAGAAGCAGGAGGAGCAGAAGGCCUUGAGCGUCGAUGAAGAUGACACCUACACGAACUCAGAGUGGGCCAAUCCAAAGGCACUAAAAUCCGCUCUACAUCGUAUGCCUCGGGUGGCUUUGAAGUAGUUGAUGCUUGGGGUUUUGCCACGCAUCAGAAGAGCUUUGCAUCACAAAUAUUUCUUAAUUUCGGCAAUCUGCAGAUCCAUGAAGCAGAUCCAGAGGGACCUCAAGAUCCUACAUGUGCUCAUCCUAACACAAUUUUUAUUUGAACACGUUUGAUAAUUUAAAUAGAAGACAGCAGGAACUGUAAAAUUGUCAUC